AUUGUCUCCACACGGACAUACACUCUCACCAAAGCAGCUCGCUUGGCUACCAAGUGUACACUCGAUCUCCUCUCAUUGGGAGGGAGCAUUUAGUCUAGCUCCUAGUCCUAGCUAGCUUGCUUGGCGGAGCAACAAUGGCCAGCCUCUCCAUGCUCCCGGCCAUGGCGCUGCUGCUCCUGGCAAUGGCGGUGGCCUCAUCCGACGCGCAGCCUUCUCCCGGCUACUACCCGAGCUCGAGGUUCCGGCCAGUGGCGUUCAACCGCGGGUACCGCAACAAGUGGGGCCCGCAGCACCAGACGCUCUCCGGCGACCAUUCAGCCAUCACCAUCUGGCUCGACAAGACCUGCGGGAGCGGGUUCAAGUCGAAGCAUGCGUACAGGAACGGCUACUUCGCCACCCGCAUCAAGCUCCCCGCCGGCUACACCGCCGGCACCAACACCGCCUUCUACCUGUCCAACAACGAGGCACACCCGGGGUUCCACGACGAGAUCGACAUGGAGUUCCUGGGCACCAUCCCCGGCGAGCCCUACACGCUGCAGACCAACGUGUACGUCCGCGGCAGCGGCGACGGGCGGAUCAUCGGGCGGGAGAUGCGGUUCCACCUCUGGUUCGACCCCGCCGCCGGCUUCCACAACUACGCCAUCCUCUGGAACCCGGACGCCAUCACCUUCUUCGUGGACGACGUGCCCAUCCGGCGGUACGAGCGCAAGACGGAGCUCACCUUCCCCGACCGCCCGAUGUGGGCGUACGGCUCCAUCUGGGACGCCUCCGAUUGGGCCACCGACCACGGCAGGUACAGGGCGGACUACCGCUACCAGCCGUUCGUGGCGCGCUUCGACCGCUUCGUGGUCGCCGGGUGCGGGCCCGGCGCCCCGCCCUCUUGCCGCCCGGCCCGGGCGUCCCCCGUCGGCACGGGGCUCACGCGGCAGCAGUACGCGGCGAUGCGGUGGGCGCAGCAGCGCCACAUGGUCUACUACUACUGCCAGGACUUCCGGAGGGACCGCUCGCUCACGCCGGAGUGCUGAAGAGCCCGUGAACCAACGGUGGCGCGCGUGUCUUGAUUAAUUUCGUCGUGUGUUUUGCUUGCUACAGUGCUCCUACUACGAGCUCCUGCCUACACUUUGCUUCUUCUUUUUGGUUUGGAUCUCAAAGAGUAAAGGGUGUGGCUGCCCUACCGCUGCUGCCUGCCUGCCUGUGGCUGAGCAUGAGCUAGGCUGGUGGUUGAGGCGUUGGUCGUUGGCAUAUUGCCAAAAAGGGUCUCGUGUCUUCCCAUCUCUUUCGUUUUGGUUGGUGCCUGCUUUUCGUUUCACAUGUAUGUAUGCCCCGAAGGGGCAAAGGCGCAUGAUUCAUGACAUACUGUCGUGCAUGCCCACUGUAAUACAGACUGCUCUAAUAUGUUCUCCAUAUUUGUGAUUUAUUUA